CGGUACUAAUCUAUCAAGCCAGAGCAAGGCUUUCGGCCUCGUCCAGUUUCCAUCUCUCAUUGGGCUCGGAAAAGUGCUAAUGUAAGGCCAAAUGCAGUUGCUCAAACAGGUGACUGGCUGCUACCCUUUUGUGAUUCUCUGACGCUCUUCGACGCUUUUGUUCUUCUUCUUCUUUCUCUCUUUUCUCACUUUUGCUCCCAACUCUCGGAAUAUAAAAGGCCCCAAGAGUCGCCCGGCACAGCCUUCCAAUUUUCUGCCGCCACUUGCCGCCAGCCCGGCGACAAACCUCCUGAAAACGCAAACUCAGCACGCGCAGAACCAGACGGCAUUUGAUCCCAUAUUCUUUUCUUCUACUUCUCUGCCCUCUUUAUCUCCAUCUCUACAUUUCUUUAUCUCUCUAUUAAUACAGAUUUACGACGGUCCGAUCGCGAUAGUGGAGCGCACCUCUUAUGGCUGCAUGUCGUCAGACGUCGCGCCUUUGAGAAGCUCGUCGUCAUGGGCCUAAAACAGUUCAACCAGGAUAUAUCCGCAUCUAAAGCGAUUGAGAUCAAUGGAGUAUCCGACAUUCGAAAAGGAGACUCAGAUGGCGAGGUUGUCUUUACCUGGUCUCCCAAUGGCGAUACACCAUCCCUGGUUAUCCAAAUCCUAGUCCUUGAUGUCGACUCCUAUCCAAAAAGUUCAAGCGUCAUGAUAUUCACAGAAUCCGAACAUUCCAUGGUCGAUGUCUCUUCUCUUCUUGAACGUCUGUCGGCGUCUCUUGCAAAUAAGGAUGUUCAGACCAUCAUAAAAGCUGUUGCAGAGAGGCUUCUUCUCAAGGUAGAGGCCGGCGCCGAAGAUGAUGAAAGUCCCGAAUCAUAUGCCGACUCGGAUGAUGUGUUAGACUCAUUUGAUGAGGAAGAGCUGGAAUCACUAUACGAGGACCAUAUGAACGAGUACUCUCUCUCCACGACUUCAGCCAGGCAACGUUUGGACCAACCUAGCGGCACUCCACUUUCGUUCGCUCGUCUAAAGAAAGAUUUAAACAUUGCUCGAUCAGCAGGUAUUUCAGUGGGAAUUUAUCCCAGAGGGCCAAUUCGCGAGGCUGAGUUUUUUUCCCUCUCUCUCCGAGCAAACAAACUUGGUAUCCCCGAGCAUGCUCUAGAAGCAUGGGGCCUUGAACCUCGCGAUUAUGUAGUUCUUUUGUGUAAAUUUUCGUCACACUAUCCGACUCUUUCAGAAUUAUUAAACGACGACCACUGGAAGCCUGAGUUCCGUUUUGGCAAGUGUUCAAAGCCUAAGCCAUCCAUGGAUACUGCUCGCUUGGCCUUGAAGACGCUGUUUGAUGCUGUUUUUGGUAGCCAGAAUACCUCAAACGACAAGGCUAAAGAUACCAGCGGAAGCUUUGUGCCUCUUUAUAUGUCCAACUCAAUCAACAUGCUUAUGAAUGAUGAGUUCUUAGCAUUGUUAAAGUUAAGACGGAGCGAGGGCUUAUCCUGGGACACGGCUGUGAAUCGCCUCAGAUUGCUCGCCGAGGGUGAAUUUUUUCGGGAUGCAGUUGCUUGCGAAAAUACUACAAUGGACACUCCGGUUUCCGAAAACGCAAUACCGUCAUUAAGCCCUGACUAUGCUUUGGAUCAAGAUAAGAACUUCAGCCUUCCUAUGGUCGCCAUGCAACUUGCACUUCGCCGCUUCGCCCGCUGUACAAAAUAUUGUAUGGUUUGUCACAGAGGGCUGGACGAUGAGUUCGAGGCUCUCAAACCUUACGUCUGCCAUAGAACUUUGUGUGUUUACCAGUUUACGACUCUUGGAUUAGGCGCAAGCAUUGAGCACGAGAUCGUCAGCAACCCAUAUGUCGUUGACAUUCUGAUUAGCUUCUUCGCUGCAGCCCUUGGUAGCCCUAGAAGUCUACGAAACUUCCCUGUCGGUCUAGGUCUAAAGAGCGUCCCCAUUGGAGAUGCUAGUGAAGCGGCAGCGCAUACCGUUGCCGAAGCCUGCUUUUACGACAAGACGAUCCGCUUCGACCCAGAUGUUCAUGCAAGGAUGUACCCCAAGAUUAAGGUCGGCGAUUUGCUUAUGAUAGUCAUCGGGGAGGAAGCCGACAUUCCAGUGGCAUCGCUAGUCAACGGACAUCUCGAAAGACACGUUUGCAAAGUGACACACAUUGCGGACUGUUUCUACACAUUUGAGGUCCUCUCGACACUUUCGACACCGUUGGGAGUGCUGCCUCUACCGGAAGACGAACGGCCUACAGAGGUUUCGAAUACUGAAGUGGAAUGGAAAGAGGUCACGAUUCUUCAGUACACCGGUGAUACUGAUAAUCUUAACGAGACUGACCGAUCCGUCGCUCUGGCUAUGAUAUUACGCAGAAUUCCAUCCGUUUUAGACAUGAGGACAUAUCUUUUGGAUAAUCCAAGCCAGCGCCUUCCUUCCUGGGGUCGUCUUGAUAAGGACUCACUUACCCUUCUGCAGUGGAUCAUAUCCUCGAAUAGAUCUCUAAUUCUUCAGGACGAUGCAGUACCGAAUUUAUUCAAGCCAGAAGAGCAGCCCGGUGAUACCCAAUCUCGAAUCAGGGUGCCUCCCGAUGAUCCCCAAUCUCGAAUCAGGGUGCCUCCCAACCCUCCCGACCCUCCCAACCCUCUCAACCCUCACAAGGUGAAUGGGUUGCAGCCUCAUUGGAUGCAGUUUCGAUUCUUACAGGGGACUCCAGAACGAGAACGUCUUUUUAUGAAAGAGAUUAUGGCCGUAUCACAGUCUCGAGGAGAACAGUCAAAAUUCCCUACCAUCUUUGCAUGGCAUGGUAGCAGCCUUCAGAAUUGGCAUAGCAUUAUACGAACUGGUCUCGACUUCAACACUGUCCAGAAUGGGCGCUCCCUUGGAGAUGGGGUGUAUAUGAGCAGUGAUUUUACAGUGAGCAAAGGCUACUGUAGAAAACAGCCAUAUGCUGUAGAAACCAACUGGCCAAAUUCCCUACUCAAGCCUUUUGCUGCCAUCAGCAUAUGCGAGGUCGUUAAUCGAUGCGAUGAGUUUGUGAGAACAGCACCUCACUACGUGGUCAAUCAAAUCGAAUGGAUUCAGUGCAGAUACCUAUUCGUCUCUGUAGAUCCGACAGCGGAAGCGAUCCAAGAACCAUUUCCCACCAAGCCCACAGAAACAUGCACGGAAUACGUGCCCCAGCAGCCCUCGAGGGCGCUCUGUGCUUCUAGGGAUGUCAAAGUUCAGAUCCCCUUAUCAGCACUACCAUCUAACCGUCGACACCUUGGCAAAAGCAAAACCACAGUCAGCGACCGUGAACCAGGUGAAUCAUUGAAAACGCCGGAGAUAACUUAUGACAGCGACCAUGGCGACACGGAUCACGAAUUUCUUCUGGAUUCUGAAGAGAAUCAUGCCGACGAUGUUGUAAGGCGCUCAAUUAAGCGCCGAAGCUCAUCGAUUGCCUCAACAGAUAGGAGAAGUCACAAACUCAAUACGACAGCAUAUGCUCAUAGACUACCUGAUGAGAAUUCAGUCGCGCGAUUCACGACUGACUUUGUGCCUGGCAGCCUAGAUCUGGAGUCUCUCCCUAAGCUCCCGGCUCCGAGCUGGGCUUCAACUUCUCCAACGGCACUCAAAACCCUAAACCGCGCCAUCAAGGAAAUGCAUGAGAUUCAACGUCACGAAGACCUCGCAUCUCUCGGGUGGUAUGUUGACUUUGACAAGAUAAGCAACAUCUUUCACUGGACGGUUGAGUUGCACAGCUUCGAAGUCGACCUUCCACUCGCAAAAGACAUGAAAGAGAAGGGGUGCACCAGCAUCGUGCUUGAAUUUCGUUUUGGUGCCAACUUUCCCUUCUCCCCGCCUUUUGUUCGCGUUGUACGGCCAAGAUUCCUGCCAUUCUCCCGGGGAGGGGGAGGGCAUGUCACGAUGGGGGGAGCGAUUUGUUCCGAGAUGCUCACAAACUCAGGCUGGUCGGCGGCGAUGACGAUAGAAAAGGUCAUUUUGCAGGUCCGCUUGGGAUUGGUAGAACGGGACCGUCCAGCAAGAUUGGAUCCGGCAAAGGGGACCAAUGAUACCAAUGACUACGGCGUCGGCGAAGCAGUCGAUGCUUACCAACGAGCCGCAAGAUUACAUGGUUGGCAGAUUCCUGAAGACCUUGCGACGAUUGGAGGCAGCUGGAUAACUGCGGCAACUGAAGGUGAUGCGUAGCUUUGCUAUGCGCUCUGUCGUUUUUUUUUUUUAACUGAUUACGACUGUUGGAGGGGAUAAGCGACAGAAAGCGAUGGGUUU